UUUAUAUUCAAAUUUUGCCCCCAUGUGAAGAAGGAACAAGUAGAUUCUACUUUUUGCUAGCACAGGGUGAAACUAGAAUCCUUAUCAUGAAAUGAACAAAAGUAGUAGUCAACUUCCAAUGUACGACUAGAAGAGCUAGCAUAUGCUAGAUCUGAAUCUGUGCAUACUGUUAAGACUGUGCAGAAACCCUGCAGCACAGAUAACUCACUGGGAAAAUUAAAUGUUAUUAUGGAAAGCUAGUAAUGACACAUACCAGAUGUUAAAAAUACUAAAAGCACAUCUUGGCUUGCUGGAUUCCGUAACUAUUUAUGGCAAAGUUGAAAUCAGGUCAAUAGGGAACAAAUGUUGCGAUCAAUCUGAUAAUAUGUCACAGUUCAUGUUCAAAAUAGCACUAAUACACUGAAGAAAGAAUUCAUAUGCGACCGAAGGAACCCACCAAACAACAAGGAUCAAAUUCAGUGAGACACAAACUACCUUAGAUCUUUGGCAAAAAAAAGUCAUGUGCCUUCCAACAUGAGGACUACCUCAUCAGCCCCAGUAGCACAAUUUCCCGUGUAAAUGAUGUUAAUGCGCCCAGGCUCACCGCCUUGCAAAGGGGUUGUGUUUUGCUAUUCCUACUGUACCUUAUCUGCAGUCCCUAAAUUUAAAUGAUACAAGUCCCCUAAGUCUUAGGGCACAUGAGCUCUUAACAGGUAGAAAUGUACUCAACACAAGUGUAUGGCCUUUCAUGUAAUAACAAAACAAACCCUAUCAAGAGUUCAGCACAUAUUUCAGAGAAGAGAAAAGGAGAAACACCACAAAACUAUUUACAUGCCUACUCUAAUAUGCUGUUGCAAGGAGAGCCAAACAUACUAAAUGCACCUCAAUGUUCAGGACCACUACAGCUGAUUACGCUAACGGUUGCCAGUAGUUCACAGGCUUCGCUCCAGCAGAUCCCAGGAAUUCUAAUAAAUAAGUUGCUUAAGCAUAGAAGUUGGAGAAAUAUACAGCCUCACUACUUCACAGAGAUCAUAAUUUAAAUGACAAAUACGAAGCGAAACUCAGCUAUCUGGGUGACGCAUUACAUGACAUUGGUAUCUCAAUUUCUGAAAGGUGAAUAAGACAACCUUCAUCGACCCUGCUAUAAAUAGUCCACGCGGCUUCCCCAGUUCCAUAGCGAGGUAGUUCUAUAUGUCAGCAGAGCCGGGAUAUUUUUCUGAUAGAGUAACGGCCAAAGAUCAUUAACGGGUUAUUUUUCUCCAAUAUAUGUCAGCAGUCGAUCCCUUGGUGUUGGCCCAUGUCAUACAGGAUGUGUUGGAUCCAUUUACACCAACCAUUCCACUCAGAAUAUCAUACAACAAUAGGCUACUUCUGGCAGGUGCUGAGCUAAAACCAUCCGCGGUUGUAAGUAAACCACGAGUUGAUCUUGGUGGCAAUGACAUGAGGGCUUUCUACACACUGGUACUGGUGGAUCCGGACGCUCCAAAUCCAAGCCAUCCAUCACUAAGGGAGUACUUGCACUGGAUGGUGACAGAUAUUCCUGAAACAACUAGCGUCAGCUUCGGCCAAGAGCUAGUAUUUUAUGAGAGACCAGAACCAAGAUCUGGUAUCCACCGGAUGGUAUUUGUGCUGUUCCGGCAACUUGGAAGGGGGACAGUUUUUGCUCCAGAAAUGCGCCACAACUUCAGCUGCAGAAGCUUUGCACGGCAAUACCACCUCAACAUUGCCACUGCUACAUAUUUCAACUGUCAAAGGGAAGCUGGAUCGGGUGGAAGAAGGUUUAGGGAGUAAAGACCAUAGAUCAUGUAUGGUCAUACUACAGAAAUAUCACAAAUAAUGUGCACUAUAUUGGACGGCAAUGUAACACCUCUGUAUGCAUCAUGCUAUGUAUCUUAAACUGUGAUGGUAUAGACA